AUGGACACACCGAAUGGACAAGAGGCGUUAUCUUGUAAUAGAGUGUUCAACAUCCCAGAACUGCUGGCGCUGAUAGUGUUCCACCUCAACAACGACGACAGCAACAGCAACAGCAACAAUAACAGCGAUGGCGACGAGAAGGCGGGGAGUCUUAGAGUACUUGUAAACGUCUGUCAUCUUUGGCACAGACUCUUUGCACCGUAUGUGUGGAACGAAGUCACCCUCUCAGGACCAUCCACCCACAAACGCCUCUCAGGACUCCUCCGUUACAGAACCCACGUCCAAACCCUCACCUGCAACGUCGUCACCAAAAAGACCCUCAAAGCCCUCACCCGCCCUCACAACGAGUACACUAAACCUAAAACCAACUGCAACAACGGGCUCACAAACCUCAAAACUCUCCAUCUAACCCUCGACCGCACCUCCAUCUGGAUCUCCUACACCCACCUCGAAACCUUCUUCCUCCGAACAUCCCACAACUCCUCCCACCUCUCAACCAUAUCCAUCAAGUUUGAUUCCACAGUCCUCGACAUUCGCCUCCUCUGGUCCCUGUCUCAGCUGCCAUUCCUGGAGGACUUGAGGUUGGAGACGGUGCGUACGGCGCAGCGUCAACAACAUGAGCUGAAGUCGGGAGAUGAACCUUUUAUCCUGAGGGUUGACAAGAACAACAGCAACAACAAUGGACAUAUCAUCAGCAACAGCAUCGGGAGCAAGAGCCGGAGCAGGAGUAACCUCCGCAAACUGCAACUAUGGCAAUGCAGCUUCGACACUCUGGUAUUCUCGGACGUUGUCAAGCAGACCUCCCAGCUAGAAGAACUCGAUCUCCAAACCCUUUUCUACCGUGGGAGCUCUGGAAUUAUGGGAAUUAUCACCCGACACUGUCGGCACCUUCGGACACUGCGACUGUCGGGACGUACUGAUGGCAUGAGUAUUGAGGCCAUUGCGAAACUCCUCUUGGGGCUACCGCGUAUGGAGGAGUUUUUUCUGGAUAUUAACAAUUCUGAACUACUCGCCUGGCAAUCCCUCGAUGCCCUCCUCCUCGCAGAACUUGAACGGAAGCAGGAGUAUGGCGGCGGACAUCGACACCCGUUGAAGACCCUCUCGAUAAAGGGCUACUACAAAGAAACCCUCCCAACCCUCCUCGAAAUCAUCUCCCUUCACUCUUUGUCUCUCUCAACCCUCACCAUUGGGAGCCCCUGGUUCUUCCAAAUCUUCAUGGAACACACUCCUGGGAACCUUUACUCGCCCUUUGCACCCCUCGUCGAGCGCCAGACCCCCUCCCAGGACCUUUUCUCGAGACCUUGGAGUGCGAUGAAGGAUUCUCUGGUACGGUUGGAUAUGUCGACGACGAUUCUUGUGGAUAGGGAGGUUGCAAGGAAGAUAUUUGUGAGGUUACAGGAGUUGAAGGCGUUGAGGGGAUUAUAUGUGAGUGCGAGGCAUGUAAAGGAUUGGUUUCCCAAGAACUUUAUCGUCACCUUGCCUCUACCUCUUUCUCCUCGACAAACAGACAACAACAACAGCAACGGCACCUGCAACAGCGGAAGCAUAGAAUACAGGAGAAUUGACAGAGCCUACAUCAUGCAGCACCUCCCAACCGGAACCCAUUGCUUCCCCUGCCUCCAGGACGUGAUCGUUCGAGGAGAGGACAGGAAUGUUCCCGUGCCGUUCGAAAUCACGACUUCCGAGGCUGUGUUUCUGAUUGCUGCGAUGCCGUGUUUGGAGUACCUGUAUUUGAAGCAGGGCAGUGUUGGUGAAAAGACGUUGAAGAGUUUGAGGAGCGCGUUCCCGGAGUAUUUUGAUAGAAUUCCAAAGAGCCGGGUGGAUUGGAUUGAUGAGAGGGAUUCGUGA